UCUGCUCUUCUUUCUUCUCCCCUGCACCCGACAAGCCCCCCCUUAGCCACCGACGCACUCCUCUUGAGAAAUUCGGCAAAAAGGCUUGAAUUUCCUCUUCUUUUCUUGUUAAAUCACAAGAUUUGGGGCUUAGAAUCGCCUCCCUCAACCCAGAAAAAUCCCGAAUCUGCUCUGCUCUGCUCCCUUGUCCGUCGGCUGCUAGGUGGGUGUGAGGUUUUUGGGCUUUUUCUGGCCGUGAGCUUCUUCUUCUCCAAUCCGUCAGCUUCCCUGUUCGCCGGAACCGGCUUUUGCUUGCCGAAAAAUUCUGGUUUUGAUCGUUCUGUCACCGUAGCACUUGGGUUAGCCUUCUGUUCUGUGCGAGUAAGGAAGCGAUACUGAGGACGGGGGAAACCGAGGGGAGUGACGAGUUAGAAGGCUAGUCACCUGGAAUUUGAUAUAGAUUUUAGAUACAGAUUAUGAUUCUGUAAGCUAGAGUGUAUUUAGAGAUAUUAUGAUAUCAGAGCAAAUUGUAAAAAAAAUUAUAUCUUGAGAUUUGGUGGUAUCAGAUUAUGAAUUGGAUAAGUUUUGAGCCUUGUGCAUUCGUGGGACUCGUCUCACAAGUGCACGGCAUCUACUGCGUCUCCGGAUUUGGGUUCUGGGGCGUGACAUAGGGAGUCCAAGCUUGCGUUGCUUUCUUGAAAGUCGCAAGAAAUUGCUUACAUAAUAGAGCAUCAAAAGUUCCAUGAUUUUGUGGUGCACCUUUUCUUCUGUUUGUUGUGUGUUUGUCCGCAUGUCUCUUUCCU